CCCAGGAAGGUUCAGAGGCGGAAGUGGGGUACCGGAAGCGACAGUUGCCAUGGAGCCCGCGGAGGACUGGCUGGUGGAAUCCUUGCGCUUGUACCAGGAUUUCCAUGCAUUCGACCUCUCGGGAGCCACUCGAGUCCUUGAAUGGAUUGGUGACAAAGGAAUCUUGGUUGCUGGCUAUGAAAGCCUGAAAAAAAAUGAGAUUCUUCAUCUGAUAUUACCUCUCAGACUUUCUGUAAAAGAAAACCAGGGCUUACUCCCUGAAAGAGAUUUCAAGGUACGCCAUGGAGGAUUUUCAGACAGGUCUGUCUUUGAUCUGAAGUAUGUGCCAGACACCAGGUUGCUGGUGACCAGUGGCCUUCCCGGUUGUUACCUGCAGGUGUGGCAGAUUGCGGAGGACAGCGAUGUCAUCAAGGCUGUCAGCACCAUUGAUGUGCGCGAGAAGGAGGGGCGUCUCUGGCCCAGGGUGGCCAUCUUUUCGUCGGCGGCGCCCGGAGUCCUCCACGGGGCCAGGCUCAGCAGUCUGAAGGUGGUGGAUCUGGAAUCACAGAAGACCACGUACAGCUCAGGUGUCAGUGACGGCGAGUUGCUGAGUAGCCUGCAGGUCCUGGACGCAGACACCUUUGCUUUCUGCUGCACCUCGGGCCGCCUGGGGCUUGUCGACACCCGCCAGAAGUGGACCCCGUCAGAGAACCUCAGGCCCAGCUCUGGGUCCGCUGGAGGGAGGUGGUGUGCAGAAGCUGGGGGCCGGGGCCCUGGGCCCAGCAUUGCCAGCCUUGGCUCGGACGGGCAGCUCUGUCUUCUUGACCCCCGGGAUCUCUGCCAGCCGGUCAGCUUGGUCCAGUGCCCAGUGUCCACGCCUAGCCCUGACCCAGAGCUGCUGCGAGUGACUUGGGCUCCAGGCCUGGACAACUGCUUGGCCAUUUCAGGUUUUGAUGGGACGGUCCAGGUCUAUGACGUCACGUCUUGGGGUGGAACGGGGCGCCAAGUAGAACCUGUCUUCACUCACAAAGGUCACAUCUUCCUAGACGGCAAUGGGAUAGACACUGCUCCACUGGUCACCACCCACACCUGGCACCCCUGCAAACCGAGGACUUUGUUGUCCGCAGCAAGUGAUGCCUCUCUGCACGUAUGGGACUGGGUGGACCUCCAUGCUGCCUGCUGACUCCAGCAUCUUUCCGCCCAGGCCCUGGGAAGCUGCUGUAUAGCAAGGAUGUUGAUUCAGGAUUCAAGUGACCACAGAGCCCUGUUACCAGCUGAGUGGCCGUGGGCAAGUUAACCAGCCUCUCAGUCCCAGUUUCUUUAUUUGUAGAAUGAGACUGGUAAUAACUACCUGGCAGGACUGUUGGGAAAGUUAGAAGUAACAUAUUUAAAAAUAACUGGUAAGGGGACUUCCCUGGUGGCACAGUGGUUAAGACUCCGUGCUCCCAGUGCAGGGGGCCCGGGUUCAAUCCCUGGUCAGGGAACUAGAUCCCACAUGCAUGCUGCAACUAAGAGUUCACAUGUCACAACUAAGGAGCCCGUCUGCCGCAACUAAGACCCAGCACAACCAAAUAAAUAAUAAAAAUAAUAAUAGUAACCGGUAGGAUGCAUGGCACAAUAAAUAUUUGGUAGCUACUCUUAGAUCUGGGAGCCCCAUUUCCCCCAAGUGUAAAAUGGCAGCGUUUUACCCCGUCUGCAUUCACAAUAUCAUGGAAUCUGAAGAGCCAACGGAUGUGAACAGGUUUUGUGAACUUCUUUACAGAAGUGAAAAUGUAUAGUGACAGAUAAUCAUGAAAAAAGUCAACCCCAGUAGCAAUGAAGGAAAUAGCAAUUAAAAUAAGAUUAUGCCAUUUUUAUCUACUAAAUUGUCAAAUUUUAAAACAUUUUUGCCUUGAACAGCUGAUAAAGGUUACAUGGUACACAAUUCAGAAGGUACAGAGGAGCAGCUUGGUUCUUUAUCCCAGUUGUAUGAUGUACCAUUGUUCAGUUGAACCAUAAUUUAUAUAUCCAGGCUUCUGUUAUGUGGCAAUUAAAAUUUUCUAAUCCUUUGAAAUUACAAGUAGCGUGUACAACUUUUGUAUCCAUGAACAAUAUGUCUAUAGAAUACAUUUCUAAAAUUAAAACUGCUAAGGCAGAGGAUGUGAGCAUUUUUCAAUUUUAUAAAUACCGUCAAAGUGCCCUCCAUGGAGAUUGUGCCACUUUAUGACGGCAACGAUGAUGAUCGGUCUGAUUCUGUUACCUCACCACCACUCUCCUUAGUGGCUUUUUGACCUUUGCCAGUCUGAUAAAUGAAAAAUCAUUAUUUGUACUUUUAGUCUGCAUUUCUCUUAUGUGUGAGGUUGAGACUCUUCACAUAUUUAAAAGUUUGGGGGCAGCUGUUUUUAAAGGUGGUAACAGCCAGGGUGGGGAGCUAGGCAUUCUCAUCAGUACCACCUGCAGCUGGCGUUCAGGCAGAGACUGGCCACCCUCCUCUUGGGCGGUUCUCACUGGAACACGGCCUUCACCAGGGUGAUGCUUUCCAACCCCUGACCCCCAGGGGAGUAGGCCCAAAGGACAUUUCUUUUGGUGGCCCGUAGCAAAUAUGAAAGUGUACCUGCAUGUGAUUCCUCACUGUCACAUUUGUUAAAGGAUUUUCAGCAAUUUUCUUGUUGAAAUUAUUUGAUUACUAGUCACAGUUUGGGCUCUGAUUUUUUUAAAAAAUAGCUUUAUUGAGAUAUAAUUAACAUACCAUACAAGUCACCCAUUUAAAAUGUACAAUUUAAUGGCUUUUGGUAUAUUACUUUAUUAGUUUUUAAAGAUUAUGGUAAAAUAUAUCUAACAAUUUGCCAUUUUCCCCAUUUUUUUUUUUUAAAGACUGUUGCUUUUUUAUUUUAAUUUUUAUUUAUUUAUUUAUGGCUGUGUUGGGUCUUCGUUUCUGUGCGAGGGCUUUCUCCAGUUGCGGCAAGCAGGGGCCACUCUUCAUCGCGGUGCCCGGGCCUCUCACUAUCGCGGCCUCUCCUGUUGGGGAGCACAGGCUCCAGACGCGCAGGCUCAGUAAUUGUGGCUCACGGGCCCAGCCGCUCCGCGGCAUGUGGGAUCUUCCCAGACCAGGGCUCGAACCCGUGUCCCCCGCAUUGGCAGGCAGACUCUCAACCACUGCGCCACCAGGGAAGCCCCUUCCCCAUUUUUAAGUGUACAACUCAGUGGCGUUAAUUACAUUCACAAUGUUGCAUGACCAGCACCACUAUUUAUUUCCAAAACUUUUCAUCACCCCAAACAAACUGACUAUUGUGGGCUCUGGUUUUUUGGCUUUCAGUUGGGCCUAUUUGGUGUAUUCUUCAGCUCGGCUCCUAUAACAAAGUGCCACAGACUGGGGUCUUAAACAACAGAGAUUUACUUCUCACAGUUCUGGAGGCUGGGAAGUCCAAUAUCAAGGUGCUGGCUAGGUGGGUUUCAUCCUGAGGCCUCUUCUCUUGGCUUGUAGGUGGCCACCAUCUUGCUGUGUGCUCACAUGACCUCUUCUCUCUGCUCAGGCAGAGAAAGCUCUGGUCUCUGUUCCUCUUCUUUUGACACCAGUCCUUUCAGAUUAGAGCCUCACCCUUAUGACAUCACUUAACCUUAAUUCCCUCUUAAAAGCUCUAUCUCCAAAUACAGUUACAUUGGGGGUUAUGGGGGUGGGAGGGGGUAUAAUUUAGCCCAUAGCAUUUAGGAAUUAUUUUGAAGUAAGAAAAACCUAAUAAAUUUUCCAAUGAAAUGAUUAUUUUAAAUUAAUUUAACAAAUGUAAUGAAUGAGCAUUACAUUUUGGAGAGGUGUAAUUUAAAAAUUUCAGGUGUAAUUUAAAAAUUUCAGACUCAAGAUGUGAUCCUUCUUACAAUCGUCUGGAGUCUUCUUUCUAAUCCUUUUCUUCCCCUCCAUCGCCCCAUGAGAACUGAUUCUAUAGAUUCAUUUCCAGAAAAAGGUAAUUUCUUCUUUGCUGUGCGCCAUUUCGGCUUAAGCUUCUCAGGAACACUCUGCUUUCAGAUAGAAGAGGAAACCUAUAUGACAAAUCAGGGAUUUUUUUUUUUCAAGAGAGUUGGAUUACCAGCAUAGCACUGGCUAAACUAUAUUAUUUCACCAAGUAAAAGAGAUGAAUAAUUUAGAAAAUAGUAGAAUUGAUACAUGAAUUGAAAAGCUGCUUUUCUAGGGACUUCGCAGGUGGCGCAGUGGUUAAGAAUCCGCCUGCCAAUGCAGGGGAUGCGGGUUCGAGUCCUAGUCCGGGAAGAUCCCACAUGCUGUUGGAGCAACUAAGCCCAUGCGCCACAACUACUGAAGCCCGCGCACGUAGAGCCCGUGCUCCGCAACAAGAGAAUCCACCGCAAUCAGAAGCCCACACGCAGCAACGAAGAGUAGCCCCCGCUCGCCACAACUAGAGAAAGCCCACACGCAGCAACGAAGACCCAACGCAGCCAAAUUAAAAAAAGAAAACUUAAAAAAAAAUAAAAGAAGAAAAGCUACUUUUCUGAAAAAUACUGAUACAUCAGUCAGUCAUGGUCCAGCCAGGAAGACUGAAUCCACACCAGAUAAUUCAGUGGAGGGAAUUUCAUUAUGUGGUAUCUGAAAGAGGAUGUAAGGGAAAGUGAGGCCCUAAAGGAGGUGGUGGGUGUGUUGCCCAGAGCCCAGGAAUGGGGCCUCCCAGUGGGAACUGAGCACAGUGAUCUUGCCUGGCUGUGGCUGGGGCCGUGGCAGGAUCUGAGACUGCAAACAGCUAGACUGCAGGAAGUACAGAGAAAGAAGUCCCCAGGCUUCUCUCCUUCCACACUCCAACAUCCUGCUUGUGCCAUGAACCAAACCUGACAGGAGCUUGUCAGCAAGGGAGCCUGGGAAAUGCAGCAAGCAGGGGACAGGCCCGGGAUGGAUCUGAGGACAAACAGGCAAAUGACUGGCACCACAGCCAAACCUCCUCAAGCAAGAAAAAGGAAAAAACUGAAUAAAGAAAAUAGAACAAGGAUAUCACAACAGCUCUAGAGAACAAGAAUUAUAAGAGAAUAUAGUGUGCACAAUGAUAUUAAUUUGAAAAUCUCAAGAUAAACAGUUAAUUUUCUUGAAAAUAUACGUUGAUUUUUAUAAAUUUCUUUUUUUAGUAGAAAAUCUGAACUAUCCAAUAAGAAAGAAAAAACUACUCAAGGAAUAACACCGAAAAGAAUAUUGGUGGUGGGGGGGGGACAAUUUUGUAAAUAAUUUUUUUCCAAACUUUUUUUUUUUUUAAUUUUAUAGCUACUUUAUUUCUUUAUUUAUUUAUUUAUUUUUGGCUGUGUUGGGUCUUCGGUUCGUGCGAGGGCUUUCUCUAGUUGCAGCAAGCGGGGGCCACUCUUCAUCGCGGUGCACGGGCCUCUCACUAUCGCGGCCUCUCUUGUUGCGGAGCAUAGGCUCCAGACGCGCAGGCUCAGUAAUUGUGGCUCACGGGCCCAGUUGCUCCGCGGCAUGUGGGAUCCUCCCAGACCAGGGCUCGAACCCGUGUCCCCUGCAUUGGCAGGCAGACUCCCAACCACUGCGCCACCAGGGAAGCCCUUUUGGGGUUUUUUUUAUGAUUACAAACCAGGAACAUUUUUAUUGUUUAUUCCCCAUAGACAAACUAUAUUAAGAUUUUGGUGAAAACACUUAUUUUUUUUUUUAACAUCUUUAUUGGAGUAUAUUUGCUUUACAAUGGUGUGUUAAUUUCUGUUUUAUUCACAAAAUGAAUCAGCUAUACAUAUAUAUAUAUAUAUACCCAUAUCUCUUCCCUCUUGCAUCUCCCUCCCUCCAACCCUCCCUAUCCCACCCCUCUAGGUGGUCACAAAGCACCGAGCUGUGCUAUGCGGCUGCUUCCCACUAGCUAUCUAUUUUACAUUUGGUAGUGUAUAUAUGUCCAUGCCACUCUCUCACUUCAUCCCAGCUUACCCUUCCCCCUCCCCGUGUCCUCAAGUCCAUUCUCUAGUAGGUCUGCGUCUUUAUUCCUGUCCUGCCCCUAGGUUCUUCAUGACCCUUUUUAUUUUUAUUUUUUAAUUCCAUAUAUAUGUGUUAACAUACGGUAUUUGUUUUUCUCUUUCUGACUUACUUCACUCUGUAUGACAGACUCUAGGUCCAUCCACCUCACUACAAAUAACUCAAUUUUGUUUCUUUUUAUGGCUGAGUAAUAUUCCAUUGUAUAUAUGUGCCACAUCUUCUUUAACCAUUCAUCCCGUCGAUGGACACUUAGGUUGCUUUCAUGUCCUGGCGAUUGUAAAUAGUGCUGCAAUGAACAUUGUGAUACAUGACUCUUUUUGAAUUAUGGUUUUCUCAGGGUAUAUGCCCAGUAGUGGGAUUGCUGGGUGGUAUGGUAUAUAACCAAUAUUUUAAACACCGCUAUACUAUCCUGAAAUAAAAUUUUACAGGGAAUAUUGAUUGUUUACAAACCUAAUAUCAAAAUCACUAUAAAAUAUAAGGGAAUAAAAUACAAAAGAUUCUGUAUUUCAAUAUAAAUGCUCAUUCUUUCACAUAAUGAGGUAAUCAGAUGCUUGCAUGUAUGUAGUAAAAUCAUCAAGAGCAGGACAGCCAUGAUUAUACACCCAGACCGGUGUGCUGCAUUUGUGACUAACACCCAAGAGUCAAGGACAUGA